GAGUGUCUUGUGGACCAAAGUCUUAACACAGAGGAGAAAAGAGAUGAGAUAACUUUUGGAAGAUUUCAAGAGCUAGAGAGAGAGAGAGAGAGAGAGAGAGAGAGAGAGAGAAGUCAGUCUUCCACGUGCACCUGGGAACUCGACCUCUCUCUUACAAACUCUGCAGACACACUCUUCUUCAUUCUUCAAUUCAAUCUCUCUCUCUCUCUCUCGAAAGGAGAGAAAAGGAAGCUGAAAGCUGAAUCCUGCAUUAGAUGCCGUGAAUUACACACAUGAGAUCUCGAGAAAGAAGAAAAGAGAGGUGAAGAGAGUGAACAGAGGCUCUGUUUCGUGUUAUUCUCUGUCUUUUUUUGCUGCAAUGGCUGAGGUGAAGGACCAGGAAAUGGGAAGCGACGGAAUGCAAUGCAGCAACCAUCCUUACACGAAGAACCCAGGAGGGAUCUGUGCGUUUUGUCUCCAAGAAAAGCUCGGAAAGUUGGUUUCUUCCCCUUUCCCUCUCCCCAGACAGCUCUCUUCCUCCUCCUCGUGUUCUCCCUCCUUCAGAUCUGACAGCGUCGGCAGCAGUUCCUCCUCCUUCGCCGCAAAUCUCUCUCUGUCUCUCUCAGUGGCAAAAGCUGCGAAUAACACAGGAAAAGAAGGGUACUGUUACAAUGGAAACAACGGGAGGGUCUCCCACAAGCUCCCCUUUCUGUUGGCGAAGAAGAAGCAAAAGAAGAUGAUGGCGUCUUCGUCUUCGUUGCCGGCGAAUCGUACGGCUGAUAUCGUCUACAGGAGGAGCAAAUCCACGACGACGCCGAGGACGGUGUACGGACAGGAUUUCAGCCCCAGAAAACGAGGUGGGUUUUGGUCGUUUCUGCAUCUGUACUCUUCUAAACCCCAUACCACAGCCGCCGGCAAGAAAGUUGAAAACUUUCAUCACGUUAGAGCAAGAACAACCAGCAACUGCAGCAACAAGAACAACCAGAGUGAGAAUGGUCUGUCCAAACCAGACAAGGACGAGGCGAGGGCGAAUCAGACCGUGACAGGGUCGUCGUCGUCGUCUUCGAAGAGGGUAGGUGGAGGAAGUGGCAACAGGAAUGCUGAUUCCCUCGGAUCCAAAUACAUUUGCUCGAGGCUGAACGAGUGGUCGAGGACGUACGGCGAUUUCUUCAAGCCUUGUGAUUUCAUGGCUGAAAGGGCCUCUAAAGGAGCUCCAUUGGUAAGAAUCUCAUUCUCUUCUCUCUUCCUGCUUACUCCUAUCACUGUACUUGCAGAAACACCAGGAAGUGGUUUUGAGAGGAAAGUGUCGAGGUCCAGAUCUGUAGGGUGUGGAAGCAGAAGCUUCUCUGGUGAUUUUUUCGAGAGAAUCUCGAGUGGGUUUGGCGAUUGUACCUUGAGAAGGGUCGAGUCGCAGAGAGAAGGAGCUAACAAAGCAAAGGUCAACAAUGGUGGUGGUGGUGGUGCUGCUGCUGCAGGGAUGAGAGACAUGGUGAGAUGUGGUGGGAUAUUUGGUGGGUUUAUGAUGAUGACCUCAUCGUCUUCGUCCUCCUCCUCCUCCUCAUCAGCUGACCAUCACCACCAUCAUCAUCAUCAUCAUCAUCAGAACUUGGUGCAUGGUGGAAGGAACAGAAGCUGGGGAUGGGCAUUUGCAAGCCCCAUGAGAGCUUUCACCAGCACAAGCACCACCAAAGCUUCUUCUUCUUCUUCUUCUUCUUAUGGUAAAGAUGGGAAAAGAGGCCGUACAAUUACAGAGUCCACCACAGGCAAGAACACAGCCCCAAGCUUGGAUUCAAUCCCUUCAUUGUUGGUCGUCAGAAGCUGAGGAAAACCCCUCCCAAGUCCAGACGGUUUAGCGACGCAAUAAGAGUAAAUCUUUGAUGUGUUUAUUACUAUGUGUUCUUGAGGUGAUCUUUCUAUUCCAUUAGCAUGCAUUGCCAUUCUCUUCUCUU